AUGACUUCGAGGCCACCCGUGACAGACCGGACGCGGCCAUGGUUCGAGCAUGUCGCUGUCGCAAAAGAUACGAAUGUCGAUAUCGUCGCCAUUCCCCCCGUCGGCGCCCACCAUAGAAAGACGUGGACCGCGCCUGGCGCCAGGUCAUCCUGGCUUGAUACCGGGAUAUUUCAGCGUCUGCCACGAGCGCGGGUUCUGCUGUACAACUAUGGGGAUCUGCGCAAUGACAAGCUUGACCAAUUGGCCGUGCGGCUGUUGAACCAACUACACAGUGAGCGGCAACACCAUCCUGUUCGACGACCCAUAUUUUUCAUCUGCCACAGUACUGGUGGGCUUGUCCUUAAGAAUGCCCUAGCCCUGGCAUCACGGGAGCCGGGCCAGCCAAUCUUGACCAGUUGUUAUGGCAUCGCGUUCUUCGCAACUCCUCAUCGAGGCUCGACUUAUCUCUCUGCCGAUGAGUAUGCCGCCAGUAUUCGCCGUAUACUGCACCUGGAACAUGACAUUCCGGCGGCACUCAGGGAGCAAUUCCGUCCCCGCGAUAAACAGCUAUGGCAUCUAUCGAAUCAAUUCAUGACUCUUUCGGCGGACAUGAAGAUUUGGUCUUUUCUCGAAACCGUUGACUCAACUAUGCAUAUCAUUGACACUAACAAGACACAGCCCAAGUUCAAGAAUUGGUCUCGCCUUGAGCCUGUUGACUCGAAUAAGCCAAGUAAGCGAGUAGUCGACCCUAAUACAAACACCAACAUCCAGUCCAAGAUGGAGUUCCAUGUCCCCAUUACUUCCAUUCGGUCGGGAUUGUUAGAUAUCGAGCAUGAAAAGGAAGUGCCUAUGGCAACCGACCAUGCGGGAACAGCAUCCUUUCACGGCGAAGAGUCGACACGGGAUCGAUUUUUGAUUGAACUUGGUGAUGCUGUCGACUUUGCUGUUGAGGUAUCGGAGCGCGAAGAUACGCCGCUGCGCAUAGAACAGAAGGUCACGGUUGCCAUCAAUGGCUUUUUCGAGGACACAGCACUGGGCGUCAGUGACGACAGCCCGCUUAAGCUGUGGUCAACCAGAGUCACGUUGGAAGAAUACCUCUCUAGAGGACCGUCAGCCUGUCUUGGGGAUAGACUCCAACGAGGUCAAUUUAUUCCGGAAGAUUCGUCGCUCAGCAGUUUUGAUAGUCCCCGCUCGUCCUACAUAUCCAACUACUUUCCACCUGUCUCUGAUCCGCUUGAGCGUGAAGACCCGACUGAACUAGAAAAGCAAAAGGAGGAAAGGCCAACACCCUUGCGUCCUCCUAUACGCCAGAGACCAAGCUUCGAGGACAUAUCUAGUCGCUUCCCACAGAUUCAUAUCACCGCGGCAGAUAAAGAUGGUGACAACUAUCUAAAUGACGGAUCAAGUGAAAGCCCGCCUCCAUCUCAUGAGCAAAAACGAAGAAAUUCGAUCUCAAAAGCGCUUGGAUUGUCUCUCCUGCAGCGAUCCCACCAUCGGAGCACUUCGGAUAGCUCUCAAGAGAGCAGUGAACGGCCACCUUCGAGCUCGGCGUCGCAACAAGCGUCAUCGAACUUCCUGGCAUUGCCCAAGUCCAACCGGGAUCACAUCAACACGAAUGCCGAGACACUGGAUAUACCUCAAGCAGCACCCCGUUUCGAUCGGCCCGAGGCUGGAACUGAGAAAUUGAUGUGGAUCCAUGUGCCGUAUACACAUACAGGCUGGGUAUCCCAGGUCAUCCGCAAGGCGUGUCAGGAUACGGAGUCCAAUUUCCUUCGAAACUUCAUCAAUGACGAGAAAUGGUAUCGCCGACUAAACAGAGCUCGCCACCUCGAACCCCAUGCACGCUUCGUCAAACCUGCAUGUAUUCAUUCAAGACAGAUGGAUCCUUCCCAGGGUCCUGUCAGUGCAUCAGAUGAUCCCCAGCUCGCUUUAUACGUUCCCUACCUCCACUGGGACACAUACCGAAACCUCAUCCAACGCCGCAAAGUAGUCGAAGACCGUCUCCACCAAGGCCGCUCAAGACCCGUCCCAGGCCGAAUCUCCAAAGCGAGCCUAGAAGCCCAACUCAUCUGGACCUAUCUCGGCUGCGAGCCUCCAGUGCAUUUCCGUCGCACACUAGAUCAAUACGGGUAUCCGAAUCUGCGCUCGACUGUCGCCCGAGACGAUGACCAGAUGCUCUGGAAGCGGACGCGCAGACCUGCGCGUAUCGAUGAGCAACUUAGAGAGUAUUUGAAUUCCACGCAGGACGAUCCGGAUACCGUCGAUGCGGAUGAGUUUAUGGAUGGGAAUGUGUUGAUGGUCGAUCAGCUUUGGGUUUGGAUCGUCGAUCAGAAGACUGUCGUUAGUUUCUUUCCUGAGCAGGAGGCUACGACUUCUGAGGGGAAGCUGUUUGAACAGUCGAAUUUGCAUAGUAGUAUUUAUAACGAGUUGAAUGGAGAUUUGGCGAGGAGGUUUGAGACGGCGGGCGAUUUGGCGGCUCUUAUUAUGCUGCAUGCUGUGACGGUGCUUUUGGAUAAGACGUUGCAUCAUGAUUUGCAGGUUUUGCGUAUCUUUGAGGAGUCGAUCAGUAUCUUGACCGAAUCCGUGACAAAGUCCUUCAAACGCUUCCGCAACAGAGGCUUCACCAAUAGACCCUCAGACCAUGACCGCGGGCCAGACGGCAAGACAAUGACAGCUGCGCAACGCGAUUAUAGGGAACACCAAGUCGCUCGAUGGAACCGGGAAGACCUCUCCGUUCUACUGGAACUGCGCGACAUCGAGGACGAGCUAGGUACUAUAUUGAAGCUACUCGAGCAACAAGACACCGUCAUCAAAAGUAUGACCAAGUACUUCGACGACAAGGGAUACGGCAAGGAGUUCCUCCAUAUGGCGCAGGACCGAAUCGACGAGUAUCGCUCGCAGAUCAACGAGAUGAAAGAGAAUAGUCAUGUAACUCAAAAGGCAGUUGAAACAUUGCUCGAUCUCAAGCAGAAACAGGCCAAUGUCGAUGAAGCGAAAAUGGCUAGAUGGGAAGCUGAAGUUACGCAGACACAGUCGCGGGCUGUCAUGGUCUUUACCGUUUUCAGUGUUGUCUUCCUCCCUCUUUCCUUCUUCACCUCUCUAUUCGGCAUCAAUGCCCGUGAGUGGAGCGGCGAACAGACGAAUCCUACCCUCGGAGAGAUGUUCCAGAUCGCUGCUCCCGCUUCCUUCGGAAUAAUCUUCCUCUCACUUCUAAUAGCCUUCAGCCAAGGUCUACGCGAGACAAUGUCAAAAAUAUACAAGAUCAGCAUGGGUCUGUUCAAAGACUUCGUCAUUCAGCCCAUCAGGACAUUCCUGUAUCUUGACGCCGUGCGCAAGGUGGCGACGAUCGAUGUGCCUGAGAAGUCCGGGAUGAGGAAACGCUUUGAUUCGUAUCUUGGCUAUCGUGAGAAACACACGAAGCUUGAUGAGGAUAUCUGGAAGAGGUGGCAGGAUGCGCGGGUUUUGAAGGCUAAGAAGAAUGGGGAUUGGAAGUGGCUUAAGGAGAGGUAUAAUUUGGAUGCUGGCUUGCAAGGGAGGGGACGGGGGGAUGUAUAG